AUGACGGGCCAAACUGUCCUUAACAAAGAUGCGACCCUCGCGGCUCUCCCUCCCGUGGUAGCGACCAACCUCCGGAGCCAGACUCGACAAGAGCUUACCUCAUCACCUAAAACGCCCAUCCUCGUCAUUCUCGAUGACGAUCCUACCGGCACGCAAACAUGCCACGAUAUCAAUAUCCUAACUGUUUGGGACGUGGCAACGCUUGCGGAAGAGUUCAAACAGACUAAUCAAGGCAGCGGCUUCUUCAUCCUGACAAACUCGCGCGCUCUCCAUCCCCAACAAGCCAAAGAGCUCAUCACCGAUAUCUGUGGGAACCUGCACACCGCUUCGAAGGAGACAGGAACCUCUUUCGAAGUAGUCCUCAGGAGUGACUCCACACUCCGCGGCCACUUCCCAUUAGAGGCUGAGGCGGCAGAGCAUGUUCUCGGUGCCGCUGACGCCUGGAUUCUCUGCCCGUUUUUCCUCCAAGGAGGUCGAUACACCAUAAACGACAUUCACUACGUCCAAGAAGGAGACCACUUAGUCCCUGCCGCCCAAACACCUUUUGCCAAAGACGCUACGUUUGGUUAUAAAAGCUCCAACCUAAGAGAUUAUGUGGUCGAAAAGACAAAGGGAGCGAUACCGAAAGAGAGAGUCACAUCUAUCAGUCUGGAUAUAAUUCGCACUGGUGGAGUUGAUGCUGUGUUGGGUCAACUCCUCCAAGAGGCUAAAGGGCCAAGGCCUGUCAUUGUGAUCAAUGCCGCUGCUGACGAGGACAUUGACGUCGUUGUGGCUGCCUUGAUCAAGGCCUCGGAUUCGGGCAAACGCUUCCUUUUCCGAACGGGAGCCGCGUUCGUUUCUGCUCGACUAGGCAUCCCGUCCAUUCCCCCAAUCUCUGCGAGUCAGUUGCAUUUAUCAGGAGAUGUGGGCGGUCUUACCAUCGCCGGAUCCUAUGUGCCCAAGACAACCGCACAGCUUGAAUCGCUGAGGCAGCUGGCUGGCAAAGAGCUCACCAGUAUUGUUCUUGACGUUCACAAACUCCUCCAAUCACCCGAAGGGGCAUCUAAGGAAGUUCAAGACGCUCUCGAAACAGCAGAGGCAGAAAUCAAGAGAGGACAAGAUGUCCUUGUCAUGACCAGCCGAGAACUCGUUGUGGGAGAUGAUGAGGCCAAGAGUCUUGACAUUGGUUCGACCGUUGCCCGAGCCCUAGUAUCUUUUCUAGAAAAGCUCGAUCAGAAGCCUCGGUAUAUCAUUGCCAAGGGUGGAAUUACGUCGUCAGACAUGGCGACCAAGGGGCUGAGAAUGAAGCGCGCUCUUAUCGUUGGCCAAGCUGCGCCAGGUGUGCCGCUGUGGAGGUGUGACGAGGCCGAGUCAAAAUGGCCUGGUCUUCCAUUUGUUGUUUUUCCGGGUAAUGUUGGCACUGAUGAAACUUUGUACCGUGUAGUUGAGGGGUGGAGGGUCUAG